UGGCUUCCCUGGCCAGUAGCAAAGUCUUCUCCGCCGUUGAAUAAAUUGGUCCGGCCAUGUUUUCUAGGAUAUCAGCUGUGCGUAAAAUGACAGAUUGAAGGUUUUAACUGCGAACAAUUCUAGGAUUUUUUGGAUAAAGGAAUAUAUGGUGCUAAUCUGAUCCUGUGGUUAAAACUAAAAGAAUAUGAUAGCGCAAUAAUAUUCUUAUUUAUCUUCCGUGCCCCAUUAGAUGUGAUCAAAGGGCGCAUUUGCUUGGGUUUGCCAAAUGGUAAUGUGACUUAGAUAGCAGCGCAAGCUAACGCAUAAGGAGGCAAUUCACCAAAGGGACAGUCCCUGAAUGCAGUGGCUGCUACCGUGUUAUUAAGUCGUAAAAUUCGAAAAUAUAAAAUCGUUUGAAACUCUCUAAAUAAGAGGUUUGCCCAAACCGCUCCCUUAUGUGCAGACGAAACAGAAUAAACUACACCAUGAAUAACGAUUCGAAAUUGAGUGAUGUCAGCAGCGAGGCUCUAGCAAGUGGUCCUCACAUUUACACAAAAUCCUUACUAUCGGCAUUUGAUUGGAAAGAGUUUGCGUGUGGAUGCGGAGCCGCUUUUAUAAACAUAGGCGUUACCUAUCCGAUAUAUAAAAUGAUUUUUCGCCAAAUGCUUCAUGGUGUGCCAAUGACAUCAGCCUUUGGCCAGUUACGCCACGAAGGCUUAGCAUUUCUUUAUCGUGGAAUCUUCCCACCAAUGGCACAAAAGACUAUUUCUUUAUCUAUUAUGUUUGGCGUAUUUGACGGAUCGCGUCGAUAUUUAAUCAAUAACUUCAAUAUGAAUGAAUAUACCGUCAAAAUAGUUGCUGGCAUUUCAUCAGGCACUGUUGAAGCGGUGCUUCUUCCCUUCGAAAGGAUACAAACACUGCUGGCGCACUCCAAAUACCACGAAUACUUUGCUAACACUCCGCGAGCAUUCAACUACGUUCUGGUACAUCACGGGUUUUUAGAGUUGUACAGAGGUAUUGUACCCGUUCUUUGGAGAAAUGGGCCAUCCAAUGCAAUAUUUUUUAUGCUGCGUGAAGAAGUAUCCAUAUUUCUGCCAGAUACUACUUCCAAAGCAACUAAAGCGGCACAAGAAUUUGUGGCAGGAGCAGUCAUUGGAGCGUCAAUUAGCACACUUUUUUAUCCACUUAACGUGAUAAAAGUUGCCAUGCAAAGUGAAAUGGGCCAUAAACAGGAAGGAAUGUGGAAGAUAUGCAAACGAAUUUACUUUGAACGCGGAAAUAGAAUUAAAUACUUCUACCGUGGAUGUGGGUUCAACUCUUUUCGUUCAUUUCUUAGUUGGGGAAUCAUGAAUACGGCAUAUGAAAAUUUGAAGAAAGUCAUGUCGUAAGACCUGCAAUUUUGUAUUUCAGUAACAGUAAAUAGCGCAAAUACGAGUAUAAUGUUCAAACGACGGUGAUGCAUUGUAAUGAAAUAUAACUUGAAGUUGAAGGCUCCCGGGAUUUAGUACAUGUAAAUUUAUGCAUAAAUAUUAAAAUUAAAGUGUUUCUAUACUUACAUGUACGGUGACCAUCCGCCUUGCAUUAUACGGGACGCCAAAUGUUCUGUAUUUCUUUCACUGUUCUACAUUUGUCCCGUAUUCGGUGUUUCGACGCUCAUUAAAAUGACACGCCUACGAACGAGUUUUAAGUGAUGUUGGUAUAUGAUCGUAAUUUUCUCCAUAAACAGUUAUUAUUUUCUAAUCUGGAUGCCCGUGUUUCGAUUCGAGGAAU